CGCAGGCGCAUCCCCGCUAGCCCCGCAGCAGCAGCUGCGGCAAAAGCCACAGCGUCAGGACCAGAGCUGCUGCCGCUGGGUCCCCUCAAUUCGCUCCACUCACCCGUUCCCUACAAGGCGCUGCGGGUCCCUGGGCCCCCCGGCCGUGCAGCUCCCAGCCUUCGCUUCAGAACCUCGGACAGCGUGGGGAGCUGGGAGUAGAGCGCGCCUGGGGCGCACAGCUGGGAAUGCCCAGGGGCAUGCAGGUGCGGAGCUGCUGACACCCCGGGGCCCAGGUUGGGGCCCGUGAGCACCAUGCGUCUACUGUUGCUUGCCUUGCUCUUCUCUUGUUCCUUCGCUCGCGCCGCUUGCGACCCCAAGAUCGUUAACAUUGGCGCAGUUCUGAGCACCCGAAAACAUGAACAGAUGUUUCGUGAGGCUGUGAACCAGGCCAACAAACGGCAUGGAUCCUGGAAGAUACAGCUCAAUGCUACCUCGGUCACCCACAAGCCCAAUGCUAUCCAGAUGGCCUUGUCUGUGUGUGAAGACCUCAUCUCUAGCCAGGUCUACGCAAUCUUAGUUAGCCACCCACCUACCCCCAACGACCACUUCACUCCAACCCCCGUCUCCUACACAGCCGGCUUCUACCGCAUCCCCGUCCUGGGGCUCACCACCCGCAUGUCCAUCUACUCCGACAAGAGUAUCCACUUGAGCUUUCUUCGGACUGUACCUCCAUAUUCACACCAAUCAAACGUCUGGUUUGAGAUGAUGCGUGUCUACAGCUGGAACCACAUCAUCCUCAUUGUCAGCGAUGACCACGAGGGCCGGGCAGCACAAAAGCGCCUAGAAACACUUCUGGAGGAGCGGGAGUCCAAGAGUAAAAAAAGGAACUAUGAAAACCUCGACCAACUUUCCUAUGACAACAAGCGAGGACCCAAGGCAGAGAAGGUGCUGCAGUUCGAACCUGGGACCAAGAAUGUGACAGCAUUAUUGAAGGAAGCACAAGAGCUGGAGGCCCGAGUCAUUAUCCUCUCAGCCAGCGAGGAUGAUGCUGCCACUGUGUACCGGGCAGCCGCAAUGCUGAACAUGACAGGCUCUGGGUACGUGUGGCUCGUAGGCGAGCGGGAGAUCUCAGGGAAUGCUCUACGCUACGCCCCAGAUGGUAUCAUUGGGCUCCAGCUGAUCAAUGGAAAGAAUGAGUCUGCACACAUCAGUGAUGCUGUGGGGGUAGUAGCCCAAGCUGUGCAUGAGCUUUUUGAAAAAGAGAACAUCACAGAUCCUCCUCGUGGUUGUGUUGGUAAUACUAACAUCUGGAAGACUGGGCCCCUCUUCAAAAGGGUGCUAAUGUCUUCUAAGUACUCAGAAGGUGUGACUGGCCGGGUGGAAUUCAAUGAGGAUGGGGACAGGAAAUUUGCCAAUUACAGCAUCAUGAACCUGCAGAACCGAAAACUGGUGCAAGUAGGAAUUUUCAACGGGAGCCAUGUCCUACCCAAUGACCGUAAGAUCAUUUGGCCAGGGGGAGAGACUGAGAAGCCAGAAGGAUAUGAAAUGUCAACUAGACUAAAGAUUGUCACUAUCCACCAGGAGCCCUUUGUGUAUGUGAAACCAGCUCUAGAUGGUGAAACCUGUAAUGAAGAUCUCACAAUUAAUGGAGAGAAAAUAAAGAAGGUCACCUGCACAGGCCCAAAUGACACCCAUCCGGGUGCCAGCCGCCACACUAUACUACAGUGCUGCUAUGGUUUCUGCAUUGACCUGCUCAUCGACCUGGCCAAAACAAUGAACUUUACCUAUGAGGUCCAUCUGGUGGCUGAUGGCAAGUUUGGCACCCAGGAGCGGGUGAACAAUAGCAACAAGAAGGAGUGGAAUGGAAUGAUGGGGGAGCUAUUGAGCGGGCAGGCGGACAUGAUCGUGGCCCCACUGACCAUCAACAAUGAGCGGGCCCAGUACAUCGAGUUCUCCAAGCCCUUCAAGUACCAGGGACUGACCAUCCUGGUGAAGAAGGAAAUCCCUCGGAGUACCCUAGAUUCGUUCAUGCAGCCCUUCCAAAGCACACUGUGGCUGCUAGUCGGGCUCUCUGUACAUGUAGUGGCUGUCAUGCUGUACCUGCUGGAUCGGUUUAGCCCCUUUGGCCGGUUCAAAGUGAACAGUGAGGAGGAAGAAGAAGAUGCACUGACCCUCUCCUCCGCUAUGUGGUUCUCCUGGGGAGUCCUGCUCAACUCUGGGAUUGGAGAAGGUGCCCCCCGAAGCUUCUCAGCCCGGAUCCUAGGCAUGGUUUGGGCUGGCUUUGCUAUGAUCAUCGUUGCCUCCUACACUGCCAACCUGGCAGCCUUCCUGGUGCUGGACCGGCCAGAAGAACGCAUCACGGGCAUCAAUGACCCCCGACUACGGAACCCCUCAGACAAAUUCAUCUAUGCCACGGUGAAACAGAGUUCUGUGGAUAUCUACUUCCGGCGGCAGGUAGAGCUGAGCACCAUGUACCGGCAUAUGGAGAAACACAACUAUGAGAGCGCCGCUGAAGCCAUCCAGGCUGUGCGGGACAACAAGCUCCACGCCUUCAUCUGGGAUUCUGCAGUGCUAGAGUUUGAGGCUUCACAGAAGUGUGACCUGGUGACCACAGGAGAACUCUUCUUCCGCUCCGGCUUCGGGAUUGGCAUGCGCAAAGACAGCCCCUGGAAGCAGAAUGUCUCCCUGGCCAUCCUCAAGUCCCACGAGAAUGGCUUCAUGGAAGAUUUAGACAAGACUUGGGUUCGAUACCAGGAGUGUGACUCCCGUAGCAAUGCUCCAGCCACUCUCACCUUCGAGAACAUGGCUGGAGUGUUUAUGUUGGUGGCUGGCGGGAUCGUGGCCGGAAUCUUCCUGAUUUUCAUUGAGAUCGCCUACAAGAGACACAAAGAUGCGCGCAGGAAGCAGAUGCAACUGGCUUUUGCAGCAGUGAAUGUGUGGAGGAAAAACCUACAGGAUAGAAAGAGUGGUAGAGCAGAGCCCGACCCUAAAAAGAAAGCCACAUUUAGGGCCAUCACCUCCACCCUGGCCUCCAGCUUCAAGAGACGUAGGUCCUCCAAAGACACGAGCACCGGGGGUGGACGCGGCGCUUUGCAAAACCAAAAAGACACGGUGCUGCCGCGAAGAGCUAUUGAGAGGGAGGAGGGACAGCUCCAGAUGUGUGCCCGCCAUAGGGAGAGCUGAGACGCCCUCGGCCCACCCACCUCUGCCCCCCAGCACCGGCUCUAGCGCCCCUCCCUUCCCCUUCCCCGCAGACGGGACAGCGUCCUGGCCAAAGCAGAGUCCCCGGAGCAAGACGGGGGACGGGGGGAAAAAGAGGCACCCCCUGGCCCUCCCUCCGGGGCUGCUGCUCCCCAUUCCCGAAACCCCUGGGAUGGGGCCGGCCGCACCCCACCCCCAGUCCCUGCUGAACCUCUUUCGUGCCCCCCCGGGCGGCUCCACCAACCACAGUGCUGGCCCGUGGCCCUGCCCCCUCCCCAGGAGCGCUAAGCGCUAACCCCACCUCUGCCUUGUCUGUGUAUUUGUAUCUUACAGCAGUACCAUCCCACUGAUAUCACAGGGCAGCUCAACCUCUCAGAUCCCUCGGUGAGCACCGUGGUGUGAGGCCUCCCGGAGCCGCCGGCCUAGUUACUAACUACUAGGAGCGCCGGUCAGGACUGAUGCCUGAGGACUGAGGGGUCCCGCUCGGGAAGGCCAGAGGGAACGCCCCCGUCCCCCGUCCUCCCGGCCCCCAGUGACUGCACAUUGCCCCCACUUUCCCCCAGCACUGUGGGGCAGCUGCUGCCCCGGACUCCCUUCCUCCCCACACCCAUCUUGGCAUCCACAGGGCAGGAUCCCUGCUGGAAAUAGGCACAGGGGGAGUUAGGGCCAAGUGCCAAGACUUGGAGUUUCCUUGUAAGUCAAUGGUGAGAGGACCUUAAGUUGGGAUUGGCAGUGAGAGGGACAAGCUGAAUCUUCAGCCAGACAGAGGCUAAUUGUGUGUCCCAGGGUGGGCCCCAUCCUGCCCAGGUUCUGGAUAUCCUGCGUCCCCUCUGUUCGGUGUUUGGUUAUGUGAGUGGUCUGACCAUUCAGGAGCCAGGGCUGAGCAGGCAGUGUGGUCUCCUGGGCAGACUCUGCCCCACCCCCAAUCUACCCCAGCACAAAUAUCCCCUUGAUCCUGCCAUGGAGAGGCUGUGGGGAAAGAGGUUGAGGAGAGGGGUGUUCCUCACCCCACAAACUGCUUUGACCCCUGGAAGCAAAAAAGAUUACAGAAAACCCUAAGAAGGCUCUAGUUAUCCUUAUCUCCCUGACCCAGUUCAGUUCUCUCCUUUUCUUCGAUUGCCCCCUCCUCCCUCUCCCCACCCAACACAGUUCCUGCUAAGUCCCAGGACACCACCCCUCUUUUGCUGUGACCCCAGCUCCAUUCUCCUAUAGCUGGUUCUACUCCCCUCUCCCCAAACUCUGCUGCUAGCAUUCCCCCAGCUGUUCAAUUUUCCUCCCUCUUUGCAUACCCUUUCCACCCCCCUCCCUGGAGUUGGUCUGUUCUCUUCCUCCUGCUGGCUUGGCUCUACCCUGGCUAGCUCUGCUACCUCUACACCAAAGCUGCCCCACCCCAUUCCCCCUUGCAUCAAUGCUCCAGCCUCAGCGCUGGACAGCCCUGCUCCCUCCCCACCCCCCACAUUUUGGUUUCAAUUCCUAGACAGAAAAGAGGACUGGAUUCUGGGAGCUGAAAUAAGUCCCUCUCUCCUCACCUCUUGCAAACCCCAAAUCCCUCCUUCAGGACUGCAAAGCUGGGGUGAGCCUCCAACCCCCAGGAAGGGAAGAUUGUAACUCCUCCUGCCUCUUGGCACUGACCACCUGCCUCUCCCCCCUGCCCCAAGGCCACACCUCCUUCCCAGUAAUCCACACCCAUGUGAGCUAUGCCUGUGUACAGUUGUGAGGCAGCUCUACACAUAGGGUGUGUCGCUCCAUAGGAGGUGGGCACCAGCCAUCUCUGUGUACAGGCAUACACAGAUGCUGUCCCUCCUCAAGGUACAUGCACUAUUCUUUUGUACAGGCAUGUGCCUUUCUCAUGUACAGGCUUAUGCUGCUCCCACUUAUGGUUCCUGUACCAUUACUGUGUAUAGCUGUCUACUAUUCAUCUGUACAGACAUCCACCAUCCCUAUGUAUAAGCUUAUGACAUUCCCAUGUACAGGCAUGUACCAUGGUGUUGCCAAAUUGAACAUUAUGAGCCUC